CUAGGAAUCUACCCCCCUAGCUACUCUCUUCUCUUUUGCUCUCCUUAUAUAUGUUCAUCAGAAACCCUCAUUCAUAUGUCCCAUUAAACCAAAUUAAUCAUACAACCUCCUUAAUUACACUAAUUAUUCUUUAAUUAGCAAAAUUGAUGGGUAGUGUUUUUGUAACAAAAAGGGUAAAUGUAUAUCCAAAAACCAUGCAACCUACCAAAAUUAUGAAACUUUCCAAUUUGGAUAGGCAAUGUCCUACACUUAUGUACUUGGUGUUUUUCUAUAAUCCUUGUCAUAAUCAUAAUUUUAGUAAUGAUUAUGUGUUUAGUAGCUUGAAGUUGGGAUUAGAGGAGACGUUGUCGCUAUGGUACCCGGCUGCCGGGAGAUUAAGCAAAAACCCUAAUAAUGGGAAUAAGCUUGAUCUUUGGUGCAACAAUGGUGGUGCAAUUAUGGUUGAAGCUGUUACACAAGCUAUGAUUUCGGAGCUAGGUAAUCUUAACCAAUAUAAUGAAUUCUUUGAGAACUUGGUUUAUAAGCCUCCUUCCAAUAAUGGAAAUAUUUCUGAGAUGCCCCUCCUUGUUGCUCAGGUAACAAAAUUUGGAUGUGGAGGAUACUCAAUAGGAGUAGGAACAAGUCAUGCACUCUUUGAUGGGCAAGCAACCUUCAAUUUCGUAUCAGCGUGGGCUUCCAAAGCUCAUCAUAAUACCAAGCUUGGAAUUGAGUGGCAUAAACCUCUUCAUGAAAGAGAUACAUUGUUGCACUUGAAAUCUAACUCUAAUAAUAACCCAGAAUCUGCACUUACAAAAGUUGCAGCAAUCCAUCAUUUGUACCAGUUGAUCACCCAAUCAGCUCCUGUUAGUGGUGGUGGUAUGCUUAUGAAUCCUCAGUUGUUUGUUCCUUCUAUUCAAGACGAUUGUGUUCUUCGGACCUUUCACUUUAGCUCUUCUAUGAUCGAUACCUUGAAGAGGAGAACUUAUGGCCUUAACAAUUAUUCUUCAUCGUCGUGUUCGUCUUUUGAGAUUGUCACUGCACACUUGUGGAAGGCAAGAACAAAAGCACUAGGGCUAAGAAGAGAAAGAAUGGUAUGUCUCCAAUUUGCAGUAAACACAAGAACAAGACUCACACCUCAACUCUCCCAAGGCUUCAGUGGCAACGCCUAUGUUUUAGCCUCAGUAGCCCUAACUGCUGGCGAGCUCGAACUCGCCAGCUACGAAACCCUUGUAAACAAGAUCAAAAUGGCCAAGAAUUCCGUCGAUAACGAUUACGUUAGCACGUAUCUCGAGGUACUCGAGGGUUCCGGUGACGCGCUCCCGUCUCUAAGGGAGCUCACCAUGGUCUCUGAUUGGACAAGAAUGCCAUUUCACAAGGUUAAUUUCAUGCACCCUUAUGCAAAUGCAGCUGUUUCUGUAUGCCCUUUGACUCCUCCUGUUCCACAAGUUGCUUAUUUCAUGCAAAGUCCUAAGGAAGAUAAGGGUAUUGAUGUUAGGAUUGGGUUAAACUCACUAAUCCUCAAUGCUUUCUCUCACUAUUUCCUUAAUAUCUCAUAAUUAACACCAACCUUUUUUUUCUUGGUUAAUUUGUUUGUCUAAUCUAAGUUAUUUAUGUAAUAUAAUCGGAGAAAAUUGUGACCAUUGUAAAAUGAUCUAUAAUCUAGUGGCGAAAAUGCCAGGUGGCACCAACCAGUUCACGCUGAUUGUAAGGUGACAUUAGCUAAUAAUUACCCUGAAAUUCAAUUUCGGAGCUAUUUAGCAUUAUGGAUUUUGAUAAUAUCGAUGGAGAUAAUUGCAAUGUUUAAAGUUAAUCCUGACAAUUAAUGAUAUAAAGAAGUACUUUGACAUACGAGGUAAUAGUACAAAAUUUUCUUGUCUUUAUUAUUUCAACUGCAGAUUUAUGAUCUUAGUUCAGAGAUGGGAAAUCAUUUGUAUCUUCCUG